AUGGAAUCAGCAAGUGCGAAGAUCGAGAUGUUACGUGGCGAAGAAAACUGGCUUCAGUGGCGCUUUGUCAUGCGUACACUUUUGGAGGAACAUGACGACCUGAUCAACGUGUGUGAAGGGAAUCUGUAUCAUGCAGUAGGAAGGAAACCGUUGGAUCUUCUUCUAUGUUGCACAACAGCACAUGAAAUGUGGAAAAAGUUGAAUACAGUAUAUGACAUGAAGUCGGAUGAGAAUCUAAAUAUGGUCCAGAAGCAGUUCUUCGAUUUUAAAUGGGAAGAAUCUGAAAAUGUCUCUCACAAUUUAUCAAAGUUGGAACUGAUAGCGGCGAAGAUAAAAGCCCUUGGGAGUCAAAUUGGCGAGAAAAUGCUGAUAACGUGCAUUUUAUCGGUGUUACCAAACAAAUUUGACCAUUUUCACAGUGCGUGA